CUUCCACACCAAAAUCAGAUCUCGUGCUCCCUUCCCCCAAAUCGCCCCGCCGCACCUCCCGCCCACCCCCGCACGCUGCACCCCGUUCCCGCACGAUCCCGCGCGCUGCAAUUCGCUCCCCCACCCCCUGGCGCGCCAAUUUGCUCUCCCCCGCGCAAAUCCUCCAGCCACCCGCGCGCCAAUCCUUCCCUUGCACCCUCCCUCCUCUUUUCUUCUCCAGUGUGUGAAAUCUUCCUCGGCGGCGUCGACGUAUCCGUUUCCACGAGCACAACGACGAAUCCACUCCUCUUGCCAAUGACGACGAGCUGUAGAGCAGGAUGAGCUGCCGGUCCAAACGACAAGUAGCUCCGCGGCCGCCGCCACCGUCGUCGUCGCCGCCGCCGCCGCCGCCGUCGGGAUCUACGACUGCCUCUGGGUGCUUCGAUGCUGCCUCGUCUGCCUUCUUUCAGGCCAGUACUGCAAUGGCUCCUCCUCUAGGAGGCCAACCAGGGUUGUGGAACGGAUCUUUGCCACACACCAACUCCUUUGACCCUGCAUCCUCAGAUUGUGGUAUGGAUAUACAUCCACCUGGUGGUUUCCUAAGCAUGUUACAAAGUGGUCAACAGCCAUUAGUCCCACCUCAUGUUUUGUUCCCAGCAACAUGGCCACCUAUGCCACCUAUGGCACCAACAACUAAUUCAGGCACUAUCAUCAACUUAGAUGAUGGUGACGAUGUUAGGACUGCUAAGCGUCUUACAUGGGCAUCAGAUGAGGACUUGCGGUUGGUGAGUGCAUGGCUGUACCACUCUAAUGAUCCGAUCAAUGGAAAUGGCAAGAAGAAUGAGAGCUACUAGGGAGAUGUAGUUGAAUUAUACAACAGCACUACACCUAUUAACCGGAAAAGGGAAGUAAAGCAUCUCAAAGAUCGAUGGCAAAGGAUUAAGAGAUGGGUGGGAUUUUUCUGCGCCUCCUGGAAGAAGGCUGCAUUAGUUUAUACUAGUGGAUAUUCAGAUGAUCAGUUGAGAGACUUUGCUAAUCAGUUUUAUGUGGAUGACUAUCCUAACGAAGGUCCAUUCACAGUUUUGCACUGUUGGAAGGUUCUUCGUGAUGAACCCAAGUGGCAUGCUGUUUUGGAGGAGCUUGAAAAGCCACACAAGCGGAGCUUGGAUGAUGGAAGUGACACACUAUCACAAAAAGAUAUCGGAGAAAAGGAGCGCCCAAUGGGGAGGAAUGAAGCUAAGAAACAACGCAAUGGCAAAGGCAAAGGCAAAGGCAAGGAUGAUGAUGACAGUUUACAUGAAGAUAUGAAGAAGUACAUGGAUGUUCAAGCUGCAGCUAGCAAACGACAUGAAGAGUUUUUAGGGACUCAGCACCGUAUUUCAGAUGCAAAAGUUGAAGUAGCAAGGCUUAGGAGAGAGGCUGUCUUGACGGAAUCAUAUCAAAAAUUGAUGAGCAUGGACACUAGUCAAAUGACUGAUGAGAUAAGCUGAGCACGUGAUGGGUCUCAAGAUGUUGAGGGAGAAACUGCUUGGUGAUAUAAUCUAAGGUAUUUUCUGUCAAUCACCAUGCACUUUAUUGUUAGUCAAUGUUCAACAAAUGACCAUGUAUUGUAAUAUGUAUUCUUAGUCAAUGUACCACAAAUAACCAUGCAUUGUAAUCUGUAUUAUUAGUCAAUGUACCACAAAUAACCAUAAAUUAUAAUCUGUAUUCUUAGUCAAUGUACCACAAAUUAAUCUGUACCAUGUGACUAUAUAUUGCUCUGUUAUAUUCAGUCUAGCAAAACAAUCCAGCACUGUCCUCCUCUGUUCCUUCUAUCCAGUACUAUUCUUCCUAUUCUAUUCUGCCUCAUUUGUUCCUUCCAUCCAGUCCAACACUUCCUCAUCUGUUCCUUCCAUCCAGUAAAACAUGUCGGAUGAGUUUGACAAUUCCAUAGACCCAGCCGAGAUUUACACUACAGAUAUGUUCAUGGCAGAGCAUAGUGUCCUUAACUCUUUUGCCGGGCGGAUCGACAGAAGGAUUAAGGCCAGACUAGAAGGAGGUACAUCUAGGCGUACAAGUGGUCCAAGGAAGUACAUCAAUAGGAACCAUGAAGGAGCCCAUGAUCAACUAUUUGCUGAUUAUUUUGCUGAAGAUCCUCUCUACUCUGCUGCAACAUUCCGUAGAAGGUUCCGGAUGAGAAGGCAUGUGUUCCUACACAUUGUGGAUGAACUAGGCAAGUGGUCUUCCUAUUUUACACAUAGAGUAGAUUGUACUGGAUGCCUUGGGCACUCACCAUUGCAGAAGUGCACUGCAGCGAUCCGUAUGCUUGCAUAUGGGACUGCUGCUGACACUCUUGAUGAGUACUUGAAGGUUCCCCAGAGUACUGCUCUAGAGUGCUUAGAAAAUUUUGUGGAAGGUGUCGUCGAGGUAUUUAGUAGUAGGUACCUGCGUCGUCCCACGGCUGAGGAUCUCGAGCGUUUGCUCCAAGUUGGAGAGUCUCGUGGAUUCCCUGGGAUGUUGGGAAGCAUUGACUGCAUGCACUGGCGAUGGAAAAAUUGCCCAACCGCAUGGAAGGGACAAUAUACCCGAGGUGACCAAAAGUAUCCAACUAUUAUCCUUGAGGCUGUAGCUUCAUAUGACCUUCAUAUUUGGCAUGCAUUCUUUGGUAUUCCUGGGUCCAACAAUGACAUUAAUGUGCUCAAUCAGUCCCCUCUGUUUAUUGAAGCAAUAAAAGGUGAAGCUCCCCAAAUCCAAUUUAUUGUCAAUGGGACACAAUACAACACGGGAUAUUAUCUUGCUGAUGGAAUUUAUCCGGAAUGGGCAGCCUUUGUAAAGUCUAUAAGAUCUCCUCAACUAGAGAAGCACAAGCUGUUUGCAAGGGAACAAGAAGGGAAACGGAAAGAUAUUGAGCGUGCUUUUGGGGUGUUGCAAGCUCGCUUCAACAUCGUGCAUCGUCCAGCACGAUCAUGGAGCCAAAAAGUUCUUCGAAAAAUCAUGCAAGCUUGUGUAAUUCUCCACAACAUGAUAGUGGAAGACGAGGGAGAAAUGGCAGAAGAUCCUAUUGACUUGAAUGCUGCCCCAGGAACAUCAAUUGUUCUUCCACCAGAAGUUCAUGCAGGGAGUAAUGAUCACCCAAGCUUCAGCGAUGUGCGGCGAAGAAAUGCUUCUAUCCGAGCCAAACCAAUCCAUAGCCAGCUUAAAAAUGACUUAAUUGAGCAUAUUUGGCAACGGUUUCAAACUAGGCAAAAUAAUUCAGUAUAAUGGGCGAACAGAUUCGAUGUCUUUUACUUGUUUUUGUGGCUGCGGUCCAGCUUUUGGUGAUCUUGUUCAAGGAAUGGGAUAAGCACUUCUGGUUGCUGUCCAGCUUUUGGUGGUUGUCGAACUCUUCUAUCACUUCUGUGACGUGAUGCAGUCUUUUUUUUCCCUUCAGUUUGCUCUUUUCCGCAUUGUACUAAAGUGCCAUGAUAUGGCUAUGAUGUUAUCUAGUUACUGUUGUGGACCGUGAGUUGGAAGAAUUGCACUUCAUUGUUAUAUACUC